AUGUUCCCUGAAAAGUACAAUUACUGGUAUAGCUAUUUUCUUGUCGGGAUCCCAGUCGGUCUGGCCGGGAAUAUUGGAACCGUGUUAUCAAUUGACAUGAACCGACCGGCACUAGAUGGCUCUAAGCAAAAACGGGGUUCAAAUUGGUGCUGGUUUACCAUCGACCAGGAACGAUACCUUGAGCCUGGGAAUAGCCCCGACGGAUUAGAGGGGAAGCUCCAUUCGUGGCUAAAGAACAAGGGAGAGGAUCCACAACAGUGGCCGUACGCCUAUUUAGUCAGUGUACCGGUCUUUCUUGGAUGCACUCGCAACGCAGUCACCUGGUGGUUCCUCUAUUCUGCAACUAGAGAGCUCAACGCAAUGGUCUUUGAGGCGAAUAAUUCAUUUGGAGAAAGACAUUGUUCAUUCGUCCGUCUGGAGCAAGUGGGUGCAGAUAUUCGACCCGAUCAUCACGUCCCAGAAACAAGGACCGUCCCCACCCCUACAAGCAAUAAGUCGGUGAUGUCUGUUCAAUUCAUUGAUUCUAAGCCGCAAUCCAAAUCUUACAAGGCACGUUGGACCAAGGAUUUCUUCCUCUCUCCAUAUGAGAAGGUGGAAGGGUUUCUGGCCACAAGCUGUGGUGAUCCAUGCGGUGCAAAAGAUAGCAAGAAUGGAGAUAUCAAGCUGAACACAACCCUCCAAGCCGCAGAUGGCAGAGCUAAGAUCAUUACCCGUGUCUACCCAUGCGGAAGUCCCGUGGACCCUUUAUCCACAUCAGCUUGGACUUUGAUAAAGUUCCUUGUUGGAUGGAGCUAUAUCGGUGCUCUCUCAAGACCUCGGAUCAUUUACGAGGCUUUGCGCAUUCGAUUUCGUGGGAAUAUGCCCUACCUGAAGAAGCCUCAGGUUAUCAGACAAAAUAUUCCUCGUGAUGAAACGCAACUAGAAAGAUUCCUGGAGCAAUACUUUCGGCUAUACCUUUCUUACCUCACAGCGCGGUCUCCCACUCCUCUGACCUUGACAUAUCAGCCCUCCAAAUCCCACGUCUUACGACCCGAAAAGUUCUUCUCUAAAUCAAAUAUCUCUUCGCAGAACCCACUGGUCAAAGAUAUACCAACUGUCACUGUCCAAGCUCUGACUCCAUCGCUCUACACCAACAUUCUGCAGUAUACAGAUGCAGUGAUUGGGUUUACUGCUGAGCUCAACCUUUGCCCGGUGCCUGCCACAAGCCUCUCGCAAAGUCUCUGGGCUUCCGACCCAACAGUCCUGAAGCAAUUGGUUGAAUCUUCCAGUCUUAGUAUUGUCUCUGCUCCCAACACCCAGCCCGGCCCGACUUGGACUUGUACCAUAAGAAAAGCACUUAUCCACUUACUGCGAGGAUCGGGUCGAUCGAGCCCAACUUUCAUGGACCAGUUUGUCUAUGAUCAUUUGUCAGCAACCAUGCAGAGGAACUAUCAGGCAGCGCUAAUUCGGAUUCUGAUUGCGGAGCGGUUUGCAGUGUGGGGGUCUCAUACUAUGGUUUCUGGUUACUAUUUCGCAGCAAAGAUUUUGUUCAUAUCGAUAUUACUGCGAUUGGUGCAUCAGCAAUUUGCCCCCAUCAUAUCUCUUGGAUGGGAAGAUUUUGCGAUUUGGUCUAGUGUCUAUGUGUAUGUUCAUCAGGGAGUCCAGCUUUUGGCGGACUUCUAG